GGAGGAGCCUGUGAAGGAAUUGUGUUCUCACUGGUUCCUGUUUCCUAACUAGUGUCUUAAAUCACAUGUUUCAGGUUUGAACUCAGAGCAGAGGUGUUGUCCACCAUGAUGCGGAGUCUGAAGGGCGUCAGGCACCUGAACUCCAGCACUGUCAAGCAAGCAGUGUCGGAGCUCUCUAUUCCAGUCCCAUGGGGAGAGAUCAGAGGUAAAGUCUGGGGUCCUGAUCACGGGCGCCCUGUGAUGUGUGUGCACGGCUGGGCUGACAACUGUGGAACAUUUAACUCCCUCAUCCCCCUGCUGCCCAAAGAGUACAGAUACGUGGCGUUGGACCUCCCAGGUCACGGUCUGUCCUCACAUCGUCCUCCUGAAGCUGUCUACUCCUUCCCCUUGUAUGUGAUGGACGUAUGCAGAGUCGCUGACGCUCUGCAGUGGAACAAAUUCUCCAUCAUAGGCCACAGUAUGGGUGGUAACAUUGCUGGAUUGUUCAGCGCUCUGUAUCCUGAGAAGGUGGAUUCUAUCGUACUGCUGGACUCUUACGGAUUUUUACCUACAGCCUCGAAAGAAAUUCCAGAAGCGAUCAGACAAGGCAUAGAUGAGAUGCUUCAGUUUGAAGAAAAGGCAGAAGAAAGGGGGAGAAGAGUUUACACUUAUGAGAAGGCAGCUAAGAGGCUCUUGGCUGCAAACCCGACUCUGUCUGAACAGUCUGUGCGCAUCCUGUUAGAGCGAGGUCUCGAUGAAGUAGACGGAGGAGUUGCGUUCACUCGAGACAUUCGUCUCAAUCUGAAAAACAUUGUGCGCAGCACUUUGGAGCAGUGUCUGGAGUUCCAGAAGAGGAUAACAGCCUCCACCCUCGUUAUUCUAGCAGAGGACGGCUUUGAGAAGCUGUUUGCUGAAGGAGAUGGAAAGAAAGCUUCGUCAGCUCUUGUGCAGGCCUAUAGGGACAGAAAUCAAACCGUAGUGAAAGUACCUGGUGAUCAUCACAUCCACUUGAAUGAUGCUGAGGUCGUCGCUCCCCUGGUGUCGGACUUCCUGCAGAACAAUUUUGAAAGGAGGAGCACAGAAACGUAAAUGCCUUGAAGCCGUUUGCCUCUGCUGACCAAGUGACAGUUUACAUCCGUGACUGUCCACACUAACAUAAUAAAUGCAUUGAAGACAUUUAUUUAAUUAAAGGUGCUGAUUGUAUUUUGUGACUACCAGAGUGUUGACCUCCACCAAGACCCAACAGUCCCUUUAUGAAACCACAUUGAAUUUAUUUGAUCCAGAUUUUAAUUUAUUUGGAACUGCACCAACUAGCACACACUUACACUUUUUUCAUCAAGAUUCAUGUUUCAUCCAUUGUUCUCUGGAAAAGUUGAGAACAUGUUGAAAAACAUUCUCACAAACAUUUCUGGAUGCACACCCUGGUCCGGUGCACACAAAAAUUGUAUGUGUUCUUUCUUGGAUCAAACUCUACCCUUACACAAAGUUUCAUGUAAAUCCGUGGUAACAAACAGUGGUAACUCUGACCUGUUAGUGGUAAUAACAACUGAUGUGGGUUCAUCCUCUGAGAACCAGGAAUGUUUUGGCUAAAGAAAGAUGGUGUUAGUUUGUAAACAAUUUAUACACUGAUGCAGUAAUCAGACAGAAAUAUUGUUGCAAGAAAUGUCAGAGCUUCACCCAGAAGAAAUUAGUGGAAUGAAGAGCAGCUGCAGAAUUCUGUGUUCAGCUCGAUCUGCAGCAAAAAGUUUGAAAUGCUCUGUGAUGUGUUUGAAGUCUGCUUCGGGAAUUAAAUAUUUCAUCAGAUGUA